AUGGUUGAACCCAAAAGGCAGUUGCCAGAGGAAGUGCUGGUACUCAUUUUCCGCCACCUACCACUGAGGGACCGGGCUGCUGCCGCUGCAGUCUGCAAGGCCUGGGCCUCUGCCGUCACCUGCAGCACCGUGUGGCAUGACACGAACAUCAGUUGCGACUGUGAGCAGGAAGGCAUGCUACCACCAUCUCUCUCCACCUGCCUGGAUCACAUCCGCAAUCUUCGUCUGGAAUUUGAGCCAGCGAGGAAACAGAGCCGCUGGGCGGCCAUACAGCUGUUGACAGCCUUGGCUGGCCGUGCCCAGGGCUUGCGAGGCCUCCGUCUGGCAUGUCGCGGAGAGAAGCCGCUCUUCGACUCUGGGAGCGACAUCCUGGGCGCGGUGCACGCAGUCUGCAGGGCUGCCCGCGGGCUGUACCUCCUGGACCUGCGGUGCUUGCCCUUCACGCUGAAUGACACGCUGGUGCUACGGGUAGCACAUAGCUGCCCUGAGCUCCGCAGCCUCUUCCUGGACAAUUGCACUCUGGUGGGCAGCGUGGGGCCUGACUCUGUGCUAGAGCUGCUAGCUGCCUGCCCAAAUCUGCGCUUCCUAGGCUUGCACCUCGCUAGCCUGUCUCCCUCUGCCCUCGAGAUGCUGGCCGUGCCUGACCGCGCUCCUUUCAUGCUCUUGGCCGUGCGGUGCGCUUGUCCGGAAGACACACGCGCACCCACCCUGCCCGACGAGGCCUGGGCAGCCUUGCGCCACCGCCACCCAGAGAUGACCGUGGAGCUGGAGCUGGAGCCGGUGCUGUCUGCUGACACUGUGUGGCGCAUUCUCCAGCCUUCGGUGCCCGUGGCUGCCCUGCGUCUCAACCUCUCCGGCGACACUGUAGGACCCGUGCACUUCGCAGCACAGCACUAUGCCGCAAGCCUGCGCUCUCUUGAAGUGCGCGCCGCCGCCUCAGCCGCCCUGGACACAGCGCUGGAGAACCUGGCGGCGCGCUGCAAGGGACUGCGCGAGGUGCACUGCUUCUGUGUGGUGCGGCGCGCCGUGCUGAGCGCCUUCCGCGCGCACUGCCCGCGCCUGCGCAGCUACACGCUCAAACUAACGCGCGAGCCUCAUCCCUGGCAGCCCACACUGGUGGCGUGA